AGGGCCCGCCCAUCGCCGGAAGUGCCCGCGGCUGGGCCGGCUCCGCCAGCCCGCGCUUGGUCCUGUGUCCUCGGCAGCCCCGCGGGCGGUGGAACGCGUCCCGCCUCCUGGGGGCAGCGGCGCAGCUCGGUACUUGACGGGUGGGACCCGUCCUCACCCACGGCCUCGCGGCUCUUGUGUUAACAGCCGGGGUGGCAGGCCGACCAGCGGGCGGCCGGGACAGGUGGCCGCCAUUCCCGUGUCGCUGCGCCCGCGCGGGCCGUCCGAGCCGGCCGCCAUGCCGCUGGGCCUGAAGCCCACCUGCAGCGGCUGCAAGACUACGUCGUCCUCCAUGUGGAAGAAGGGCCCGCAGGGCGAGAUCCUCUGCCACCACUGCACGGGUCGGGGCGGCGCGGCCAGCGGCUCGGGAGCGGCCAGUGGAACUGGGGGCGGCGGCGGCGGCGGCGGCGGCGGCGGCGGCGGCGGCGGCGGCGGCGGCGGCGGCGGCGGCGGCGGCAGCAGCAGCAGCAGCAGCAGCAGCGGCGGCUUCAGCUCAGCGACCUUCACCAGCAGCUCGGCCGCGCCUGCGCAGAGCAACGGGGGCGGGAGCGGCAAGCAGAGCAAGCAGGAAAUUCACAGACGGUCUGCACGGCUCAGAAACACAAAGUACAAAUCUGCUCCAGCUGCUGAAAAGAAAGUUUCUACCAAAGGAAAAGGAAGAAGACAUAUUUUCAAACUGAAAAAUCCCAUCAAAGCUCCUGAAUCUGUUUCCACCAUCAUCACUGCAGAAUCUAUCUUCUACAAGGGAGUAUAUUACCAAAUUGGAGAUGUUGUUUCUGUGAUUGAUGAACAAGAUGGAAAGCCCUACUAUGCUCAGAUCAGGGGUUUUAUCCAGGACCAGUACUGCGAGAAGAGUGCUGCACUGACCUGGCUCAUACCCACUCUCUCUAGCCCCAAAGAUCAGUUUGAUCCCGCAUCCUAUAUCAUAGGGCCAGAGGAAGACCUUCCGAGGAAGAUGGAAUACUUGGAAUUCGUUUGUCAUGCACCUUCUGAGUAUUUCAAGUCAAGGUCAUCACCAUUUCCAACUGUCCCCACCAGACCAGAGAAGGGUUACAUAUGGACACAUGUUGGACCUACUCCCGCCAUAACUAUUAAGGAGACUGUUGCCAACCAUUUGUAGUCACAGAAUUAAAAUGGGAACUGGGAAUGUAUCUCACUGAUCCAGCACUUGCCUAGCAUCUGUGAGGCCCUAGGUUUGACCUCUGGCAUACAAAACAAUUACCUAGUUCUCCCAUUUUCUUGUAUUUGUAAUACUAUGAAAUGUGCCACAUGUCUCUUUCAUGAAAGUCUUAAACGGAAAAAUGACUAAAAAUAUUUUUCCUUACUAGCUAAUAAUCAUUAGCUUUAUUAUGUGUCACUUAGAAAAGUACAAGGGACAAAAAAGGAUGAAAUGUAGUUAAACAUGGCAUUCUAUGAAUAGAAUAUAUUCUGUUCUAUAUAUUUAUCUUUCCAGGCAAAGACUGCAGUUUGCAGUUUCCAGAGAGCUCAUUAGGAACAGUUAGUCUAUUUUUUAUUCAUAGUUUAUUUCGGGAAAUUCAUAAAAUAGAUUAUAUUUUUAUACAAAUACAAAAUAUUAACUUGGAUUUUUGACCAAGAACGCAAUGAAAUAAAAUGUAGGUAUAAGGAGUAGUGUCUGUCAUGAAGCCAAGUGAGCCUUAUCUCCCCAUCCAGAAAAUGCUGUGACAGUUGUGGCCACUGUGAGGGAAGUGACUGCUAUGGUUAGCCCUGGCUUUGUUCUCUUUCACCCAAUUUUUCUGUGGCACACAGAACUCCCAGUGGCAGCUUGUAGAGCUGUUCCUCUGUGUUUUCAUCACCCUCACUGUCAGACUGAGGCUUCUGGCCAAACCACAAGAUGCUGCAGACGGCAUCUUCACCAGUACCUGGGCCCAGGCCUCAGGCCUGCUGCCAGAGUUUCUCAGCUAUCAUCCGAUCAGCUGAUAGGCGGAGAAGUGAUUUGCAGGUUGUUAGCUUUGCUAGAUAAAAAAGUCUGCUCUGAAGCUAGCUGGGUCCACUGGUCCUGCCAAGCCUUGGCUGGGGGAGGCUGGUGAAGGGAGGGAACAGUGGUGUAAAUAAGGAUCUGCGGCCUUCCCUCUUCUACCCUGAUGUCUCCUGCAUUUUUCAACCCUCAAAAAACUUGUAGCAGUUUGAUUGGAUCAUGAUCUCCACAGUAGCAGCUUUAACUCUUACCCUUCCUUUACAUAGUUAUAGCUCCAUAUAUGUGGUCAUCUCUGUCACAAAAAUAAAGUGGAUUGUAAAUACCAAUGUAAAUAUUUUCUAAAUACAGUACUAAAUGUUCAAAACUUUUACAUUAAAAUGUAUUUUGACAGUA